CCCUCUAGCGCCGCGACAAGACGCCAAAUGAAUUGUAUUCACUAGAGCGCUGGCCCGCGCCACCAGCGACCGUGCCGCGAGCGCCCCUUGCAGCGAGCUGGGGCCCUUUUGGCGCGCAAAAUGGACCCGUGCUUGUUACAAUAACUUCAACACUUAGGCGCAUGUUAAUGCAUUGCUUCGCGUUAGGUAGCGACGGGGAAGCGAGCAAGUGUAGGUUCUACAUGGCCCGACAUGCGCUUGCGCGCUGGCUCCGUAUCGUCGCCUCAAUAUGGCGUUCAGUUUUCGACACUUAUAGGUGCAUACCGACUUAAGCAGGGGUGCCGGGCAGGCAAGCGUGUGCGCAGCAAGCAAACGUGCAACACCGCAACACCCAUCGGCGCCAAGUCUCGCUGUCUCGCUCUCAGUGUCAAGGAAGGCGGCCUACUCGGGACGAUGGUGCAGUGCGCAAAACUGGAACCGCCAUCUUUUUGGCUUGAGCUGGUGCGCAAGUGCAUCGCUGUAUUCUGGUUCUCGGGUGCACACGCGCUCGUGUUGGCAAUGUGACUGCUUGGCUGUUUAACAUGCGUGAGCGGUGAUUCGUGAGAACCAGUCCAGGGCAGCUAUGGCCUGGGGGCAUGGGCUGGUGCUAUCCGGGGGGUGGCCGACUCGCCUGGCGGGGCACGGAGGGGCACGGGGAAUGGAGAUACUUGCCCGAGCCCAAUGAUAGGGUCGAGUCCACCGAUAGCACGCACGAGCGGGCAAGCACCGGUUCUGACCUUGAGGCCUGUGCAUCCAGGCGGGCAGGUGCUGAUGGUGGUGGCGGGAGGAGAGUGUUGGCGGGCUGUGUUGGGUGUGAUGGGGCAGGUUGGGGAUGCAACAGUUGCGCGGCGCCGAGUGUAUGCGACGGCUACCAAGGUGACGUACCGCAGGAUGCAUGGGCCUGAGUGAGGAGAGGGGAAUUGCCGGAGCCGGCGACGGAGUCGCUGGAAGGGCAGUUGGCGGCGCAACGCGUUGUGGCUGCGGGCGAGGAAGGGGCAGGUUAGGGUAGUCCCGCAGUGUGCAGCGUAUUCCCAGACCCCAACAGUCAGUUGGCAGCUUCAAGGCAAGAGCGCGCGGCGGUAUAACGCCUAAGUGUACCGAGACAUCGCUGACAUCGCUGUGGCUGGGGGUCACUGAGGGGCGGCCCGGGCGUGUCCCAGGCACGCAACCCAGAACCAAUCGCG